CUUCGCAUCUUAUCUUUGUUGGAUGUCUGCACCGCUUAUUAGCACCUGAAAAUGGAUGUCACCGGCGCCGGUAAUUCUUUCGCCGGAAGUUCCGCUACUUAUGACCGUUUGCAAGAACUGAAGACCUUCGAUGAAUCAAAAUCUGGUGUAAAAGGCCUCGUUGACUCCGGCAUCACAAAACUCCCACGAAUUUUCAUCCGGUCGCCGGAAGAUCUCGCCGGCGACACUCCGAUUUCCGGCGAACCCACCCAGACCCAGUUCAGAAUUCCAGUAAUUGACCUCAAAGGCGUCGCCGGAGACCUCUCCGACGCGGUUGCCAGCGUCCGGCAGGCGGCGGAAACGGUUGGGUUCUUUCAGGUGGUGAAUCAUGGAAUACCCAUGAAGCUGUUGGAGGAGGUGGUGACGGCGGCGCGUAAGUUUCACGAGCUGCCUCAAGCAUUGAAGGGUGAGUAUUAUAGCAGAGAGUUGAUGAAGAAGGUGAAGUAUGUUAGCAAUUUUGAUUUGUAUCAGUCAAAGUAUGCUAAUUGGAGAGACUCUCUUUUUUGUGUGAUGGGUCCUGAACCUCUUGAUCCUCAAGAAUUGCCUCCCAUCUGUAGGGAUGUGACAAUGGAAUACUCAAGGCAAGUUCAGGCAUUGGGGAGGGUUUUGUUUGGAUUAUUAUCAGAAGCACUUGGACUCAAACCUGAUCAUCUUGAAGGCAUGGAUUGUGCAAAAGGCCACUCAAUUUUAUUUCACUAUUAUCCACCAUGUCCUGCGCCUGAACUAACUAUGGGCACUACAAGACACUCUGAUCCUGAUUUCCUUACAAUUCUGCUUCAAGAUCACAUUGGAGGACUCCAAGUUUUAAGCCACAACGGAUGGGUUAAUGUUCCUCCUGUUCCUGGAGCUCUAGUAGUAAACAUUGGGGAUUUGCUACAGCUAAUAUCCAAUGACAGAUUCAAAAGUGUGGAGCACCGUGUACUUGCAAACCAUAUUGGACCUAGAGUAUCGGUGGCAUGCUUUUUCACUCUUCAUCUCUACCCAACAACAAGAAUGUAUGGGCCCAUCAAGGAACUAUUGUCAGAAGAUAACCCCCUAGUUUAUAGGGAAACAUCACUGAGAGAAUUUAUUGCUUACUAUGAUAACAAGGGACUUGAUGGGAAUUCAGCUCUUGCCCAUUUUAUGAUUUCACAGUAAAUAAGGAAGUGUAAAUCUAAUUAUUUAUUUGCUUUCACAAUCAGUUCUUAAUUUGUCAUAAAUGGCAAUGAUCAUGAAUCUAACGAGCAUGACAACCGAUUACAGACAUGAAAUUGAAUGUAAAACUAUGCUACACUUUGACACAAAAUAUCUUGUAUAUAAGAGAAAUCCACCUCAAAUUUUUAGCUUCCAACUGCAAAUCUGCUUGUUGGUGUUUCCUAAUUUUAUGAUUAUUUAU